CAGUUUACUCAGUUUAUUGCUUUGCAAACCAAGAAUCCUACUUCCCGUAUAAAAUUGUUCGAAAUUUCAUCAGCGUUAUCGCCAAUUUCGAUUGGUGAAACGGUUCAAGCUGAACUUGAUAUCUCGACAGAUUAAGUGCUUCAGAUAUGACAAUAGAUUUUCGUAUCAAGUAGCUACCAGCCAGCUCAACUGCGGUUUAUUCUGUAUGACGUUCUGUUCUAAUAAUGAAGCUAUCAGUGCGCCCUUUUUAUUUAUUCACUAUUCUAUAUUUCGUAAAAGAUGUACUUGCUGCUGUAAAAAUUAUCGAGCCAGAGAUGUACAUCGCAAAGCUAGCGAAACGAUUUGUCGAAAUUUUAGAAACCCGUGCCAUAACUGGAGCCGACAUGCCAAUCGAAGACUAUACGGCUCCGAUCAGCCUCUCAGCGUCGGGAAUCCAUUUGGAAGGUAAUGUCUCUUUCCACUCUGCCUUUGUCACACGUAUUGGUUCGAUUGAGCUUAACAUGCAGCGCUUUCAGAAUAUCUUACGGGAUACUGAGGCUCAAAUCAAUGCGGGUAUAAUUUGGCGAAACAUUGGCGUGGCACUCGAUUUUUAUGCUGAUCUGGUCGGCUAUCAAGGACCAGGCACGCUGUUGGUGACCUAUGGUCAGUUUGAGUUGCCACUGACAACGCAACGGCUCUUUGCAACUGGACAAGUUUCGGGAAGCUGUACAUUCGGUUCGAUCAGCAGUCAAAACGAUAUUGUAAUUGUUGGACAUCCAAAUAAUGCACACGUGCAGAUGAUUGCCCGGGCGAUUAAUACGAAUUUUGAUUUUCGGGAUCCGAUGAUUGAAUCCUUUAGGCGAUGGAAUUUUCAAAAUGUGUUGAAUGUCGCAUUGUCAGAAAUUCCGUUUCCGGAAGUAUGCUACAAUUGUUAA